AUGCCGUGCAUGUCCAAAGGCUUUUCAAUCCGCGCGUUGUACGAUAAAACUCAAAAGCACAUUCGAGCACUUCGCGCAUUAUCAGUCGAAGUAGAUAAGUGGGAUUCCAUAAUUAUCCACCUGAUCAAAGGGAAAUUAAACAAUUACAUAAUUGAAAAAUGGGAAGAAUCUACCAGCAAUGAAGACUUACCCACCUUGCAAAACAUAUUAGAUUUCUUAGAGCGCCGCUCCCAAAUUGAGGAGACAAGAGCAGCUAUUAAUCAGACCCAAAAUCAAAAGGCUUUAAAUCCAAAAUUCAAUACCAAUUCACGUCAGGGUUCGCGUUCACAAUUUCAUUUUACAGGUGCUACCACAGCAUUGCCCGCGAGUUCAAAUAGCUCUCAGACAAAUAACAAUGCCUUCAAAAUAUCAUGUUACAUUUGUAAAGGAGAACAUGGGGUUUACGCUUGUAGUCAAUUUUUAAACUUGUCACCCAAAGAGCGGUACGAAGCAGCAAAAAGAAUUUCUUUAUGCCCUAACUGCCUUCGCGGGAAUCAUCAUUUGAAAAAUUGCGUAUCGAGUGGGUGCCGAAAAUGUGGAAAGAGACACAAUUCUCUCUUACACUUUGAGAAUCCCAGACCUGAUAACCAUUCAAAUCCAAGAGCAUCACAACCAAAUCAACCUGAUAAUUCAAAACACCCAAAUUCUGCACCUGUUUCUAGUUACCAGCUCGUGAUUCCUUCUCAAGUGGUUUUAGCCACGGCCGUUGUCGAUGUCCUCGAUAGUCAAGGGAAUUCAUACCCAUGCCGCAUAAUGUUAGAUGGAGGUUCUCAACCUCACAUUAUCAUUGAACGCUUAGCAAACAAAUUACGGUUAAAAAGAACCCCAGUCGAUAUUCCUCUUGGAGCAAUUGAUAAUCUCUCCACCAUAGUCAAGCAUACGACAAAUGUCACAAUCAAGUCUCGUUAUACAAAUUUACUAUGUGAUCUGUCACUUUUCAUUGUUCAAACGAUCGGUACUACAAUGCCUUCAAUUCCAAUUAACCGAAACUCCAUUUCAACCCCACAGAAUCUCUUUUUGGCCGAUCCAGAUUUUCACAUUCUAGCCGAAAUAGACAUGAUUCUGGGUGCUCAAUACUUUUAUCAUUUCUUGCGAACUAGAAAAAUUUCAAUUGUAGGUCCCCAGCCGUUUUUCAAGAAACGGAGUUCGGUUGGGUAG